AUGCAGGAGAAUCCAAUCCGACUGGACUCGUCUGAUGAGGAGGGCACACCCUCGCCACGCCGGGCCCCGCCAACCCAGGCGGUGGACCUGAGCAGCAACCCCGAGGCAGGGGUGGUGUGCGAGACGAGCGGCAUCGCCCGGAAGCUGGCGGUCACGGCCAAUGAUUUGGUGAGACUGGAGCCCGGCAGUUUCCUGAAUGACACCAUCAUAGAUUUCUAUCUGAGGCACGUCCAGGAUCGGCUGAGCUCUGCCACGCUCAGCCGCUGUUACUUCUACAGCACCUUUUUCUACAGCAAGCUGCGGGAGAAGAGGGGAGGUGAGAUACCAGUAGGGACGAGACUGAAGCCAGGCGCCACUGCCGCCGAGUGCCAAGCCCUGCGCAACUACCACAAAGUUCAAAAAUGGACCAAGGACGUGGACGUAUUUGAGAAGGAUUUCCUCUUCAUCCCCGUGCACCAUGCUCUGCACUGGAGCCUGAUGAUAGUCUGCCACCCGGGCUGUUCCUACCUCAGCAAUGCCGCCACGGGCCCCACCCCCUGCAUCCUCCACCUGGACUCCAUGCAACACGGCCACAAGAGUGCAGAGGCAGCGCAUCGCAUCCGCUCCUACCUAGAGGCCGAGUACUCCAACCGGGUGGGAAGGGUUGUCAAGCAGGACAAUUUCUGCGACUGCGGCCUUUUUCUCUGUGCCUAUGCCGAGUACUUUGCGAGGUACCUGCCGCCAUAUAUACAUGCCAGGGAGGCCUAUGAGGUGGCAUAUGAGUACAAGAAGACCAACCGGGAUCUAUUCGAGGGCACGCCUGCCUGCUACCCUGGCCGACUGACCGAGCACUGGUUCCGCCCGGAGAAUGCUGGGGCACUGCGGCUCCACAUCCAGAAGCUCAUCCUCCAAUUGAUCGUGGAGCAAAAUGACUUGUGCCUGGGGCUGGGAUCCCCGCACCCGCUCUGGAAGGCUGUGGAUCCCCGGGCCUGCAGCGCGCAUGCAGCCCUGGAGCAGAUCGCAGAGCUGGAACAGGUUGAGAAGUACAUGGGCCCCGAAGAGUGGCUGGAGCAUGCUGGGAUACAGAAGCUGCUGCGGCAGGAGAAGCUGGAUGCCGGGACCAGCGAAGCAUUCCCUGGAACGCAGGAGCAGCGGAGGCCAUUGCCGACAGCCAGCGAGCGCCAGGAUGUGGAAGGCCGAGGAAAGGGCGCCGGGAGCCAGAAGGCUGUGCCUGCCUCAGCCCUGGGCCGGCCCCCGGUCAAGCUCCCCAGGAUAGAGACGGCCUCCUUCUUCACGCCCAAGGCGCCGGCGAGUCGGCCCGCGCGCUCCUCCAGCACCGUCAGCGACUCCAGCGAGGAGGCGGGGCCUUCCAGUGGGGGCCGCUGGCGAGGCGGGAGUGCCGUCACCUCGCCUGUCCAGCCCAGCCCAGAGAUCAUGCCCAUCGGUGGACUCAGUCAUCCACCACUCAAUCCUGGGGUCAAAGUUUAUGCCCGCAAGCAGCGGUCCUCAGCAGACACGGCGCAGCUCUUCCCGGGGAGGGGAGUGCGUGUGGGCACUGCAGAGGAUGCAGCUCGGCCAUCUGGUUUUGCAGCCCAGGUCAUGGUUGACUGCACCGAAUUCCUGAGAAAUCCCUAG